ACAAAAUCUCAGUCUCUCUCUCUUGAACAAUCACAACUCCUACAAAUACGUCUCCAACCGCUUCUCCUCCCAAUUCCUUCUGUUCAUAUCCCAUUUCCGAAACGCUCCUUAAUUUCCCCAUUUCACUGCCACCAUUGUCACCGACAGACACCGCAUUUAUUGACGGAGAUGUUAACUGAUUUUUUGCCGUCGAAGACAAUUACUACUACAGCUGCUGCUGCGAAUUCCAGUUUGGUUGCUCGUCGCAUCGCUACGGUAGCGCUUGUCCUAGCUGCCGCUUCUUUCUCUUGUUUCGUCCUUUAUAGAGCCGGUGAAAAUGUUGGCUUCCGCAUCCCUGACUCCUUCAUCACCUCACGUGUAACCCCUAAUGUCUCCGCUUCCUCGGAUAGUGAGGAGUACAGGCUUGAGAAAGUAUUGAAGAAUGCAGCUAUGGAGGAUAAAACAGUGAUCUUAACGACUUUGAAUGAAGCGUGGGCUGUUCCGAAUUCAGUUGUUGAUCUAUUUCUUGAAAGUUUUAGGAUCGGAGAUCACACCCGUAGGCUUUUGAAUCAUUUAGUCAUUAUCGCACUUGAUGAGAAGGCAUUCACUAGAUGUUUGUCUUUACAUAUUCAUUGCUAUGCACUAGUGACUGAAGGGGUUGAUUUUUCAAAGGAAGCUUAUUUCAUGUUCCCUGACUACUUGAAGAUGAUGUGGAGAAGGAUAGACUUUUUAAGAGUGGUGCUUGAAAUGGGAUACAACUUUGUCUUCACGGAUGCUGAUGUCAUGUGGUUCAGAGAUCCCUUUCCUCACUUUUACAAGGAUGCAGACUUUCAGAUAGCAUGUGAUCAUUUCUCAGGCAAACCUGAUGAUGUGGGGAAUAGACCUAAUGGUGGUUUCAAUCAUGUGAGGUCGAAUAACAGAUCAAUUGAAUUUUACAAGUUCUGGUAUUCGUCACAAGAAAUGUAUCCAAGUUUGCAUGAUCAAGAUGUUCUUAACAAUAUCAAGAACGAUUCCUUCAUUAGGGACAUUGGUCUCAAAAUGAGAUUCUUGGACACUGCAUACUUUGGUGGAUUUUGUGAACCUAGCAAAAAUUUGAGCGAAGUUUGUACAAUGCAUGCUAAUUGCUGUUUUGGACUGGAAAGCAAACUUCAUGAUCUAAGAAUCCUGCUUCAGGACUGGAAAAGCUUCUUGUCAUUGCCACCAGCACAGAAGAUAUUGUCGGCAGUAUCAUGGCGAGUUCCACAAAACUGCAG